AACGAGCUGAAUCCGUCGAUAGUCGCGAGCCGCGUCGCAGACAUUUCUUGGACAGUUUCUGCAGAUGUUCGUCUGAAAUUACGAUAAAGAGAAUAUGCCUUACGCCAACCAGCCAACGAUACAGCUUACGGAGCUCACAGAUGACAAUGUAAAAUUCAUAAUCGAAGACACUGAUCUCAGUGUUGCCAACAGUAUCAGGAGGACUAUCUUGGCUGAGGUUCCCACCAUAGCUAUUGACUGGGUGGAAAUUCAAGCUAAUAGCUCCGUUCUGCAUGAUGAAUUCAUUUCUCAUAGAGUUGGUCUCAUCCCACUGACAAGUGAUGAAGUAGUUGACAAACUCAACUUCAACAGGGACUGUGGAUGUGAGGAGUUUUGUUCGGAUUGCUCAGUAGAGCUGUCACUAGAUGUGAAGUGUACGGAUGAUCAGACACGUCAUGUUACCUCUAGGGAUCUCCUCUCAAGUAACCAGAAAGUUGUCCCGGUUCCGUCAAGAAAUCAGGAAUCGAGUGACUAUGGUGAAGUAGAUGACAUCCUGAUCGUGAAGCUGAGGAAAGGGCAGGAGCUGAGGUUACGAGCUUAUGCCAAGAAAGGUUUUGGUAAAGACCACGCCAAAUGGGUCCCCACUGCGGCCAUUGCUUUUGAAUACGACCCUGAUAACAUUAUGAGGCAUACAGUCUACCCUAAACCAGAGGAAUGGCCCAAGAGUGAAUUCACAGAAGUAGAUGAAGACACAGCCCAGGGCAAGUUUGAUGGCGACGCUGUUCCUAACAAGUUCUUCUUCAAUGUCGAGUCUAUCGGUGCUCUGACGCCUGAAAACAUUGUCUUCUCUGGAUUGUCUGUACUGAAGAAGAAACUGAGUGAUCUCCAGACGCAGCACAGCCAUGAAGCACAGGCACAGGCCGAGGGAUUAGCCAUCAACUGAGGAAUGAAGGGUGGUGUUUGUUUGUUUGUUUGUUUGUAAGAAUUCAGGAUUAUUCAAGACUCUAAGUUCUGAGAUCAGUAGAAGAGACAGAGAGAGAGAUCAUAAGAGAGAGA